CUCAUUCCGCUCUCAGACGGCACAGGAACAGGACGCUUUUUCGUGGCUCCUGCUCCUCUCUGGGGACGGUCGGCGUGAGACGGGGACGGGGUUUCCACCCGAGUGGUGGCGGCGGCAGUUGAGGGGGCGGCUUUUUAAGGCCCCCCCGGAGGUUUGGAGCGGCCUUGGGCCGCGUUUGGCCGGAGUGCCCGCGGCGUUUUUGGGCCCAGCCGAGGCCGGCCUGCGGCCUGAAGCCCGAGCAGGCGGGCCGCCCCUAACGGCGGCCCUGCAAGCACAUAGGGGGUUGGGUUUGUCUGUCCCCAUUUCCUCGUGUUUGGUUGUUGGGGAUAGGAGUUGCUGUGGUUUCUGGGACUCUUUGGGGGUUGCAGCGGCUGGCCUGGGUGUUCCCCCCCCCCCGGCUGUAUUUGGGUUUGGAUUGUUGGGUGGUUGCCGGUUUUCUUUUCAAGUACUGUGGGCUGCAGGGUGGGAGUGGUUUGGCUGCACCUCUCGUGUGCUGCCUCAGUUGGAUCACUAGAGCAGCAGUUCCAGCUUCUGGGCACUGCUAGAUAUCAUGGGUCCUAAGAAGGCAAAGGCAAAGACUGGAGGGAAGCGGGUUCGCCCCCCCCCCCUCGCCCUGCGCCAAUAUCUGAUUCAUCCUCGGAUGAGGAUGGGGAUAUGGGUACAGUUAGGGCGCUCAUUGCGCGCCUCGAGGCGCUGGAGAGACAGAAGCUGGCGCCUGCGUCGGAGGAGAAGGGUGGUCCGUCAGGCUCACACGUGGCUUCUAAGAGAGUUACCAGAGGCCUUAAACGUGCCAAACUUAUGCAAUCCCUAGCAUCCAGAAUUGAAGCCUUGGAGGCGGGGAAUCCACAGCUGGUCCCGGAAGCGGUUGACUUGACAUCAGACAACAGUGGUUCGCCGAUUGUUUCCGGAUCUGGCGGUGGGGAUGCCCGCCCUGCGGACGCGCAAGGGCUAGGCCCGGCGCGUAGGGCAGAGAGGGCUCGGGUCCUCAUCCUGGGCCAUUCCAUUGUUUUCUGGGCUCACAAGGCUGCACGUGGGGUCCAGCCUGGAACGCAGCUGGGUCUGGGCCAGUGGGCAUCGAUCUCCUGGAUCAGUCGUCGCGGGAUGGUCAUCGCCCAAUUUUUGCCUCUGUUUCAGGAAUUUAUGGCGGCAUACCAGCCGCCGGAUAUCCUUGUUCUGCAUCUUGGUGAAAAUGAUUUGGCAUCCCAGACUGGGUUGGCUAUCUUCCACAGCUUGAGGAAGGAUAUUUUACAGGUCCUUAGGUGGUGCCCGGGGAUUGCCAUCCUUUGGUCAGCCAUGCUGCAGCGCAGGGUUUGGAGGGGAGCCCGGGACCCUUAUGGGGUGGACAGGGCCCGCAGGAAGGUUAACGCACAGAUGGCACGUUUUCUGGGGUCCAUUGGUGGAGGGUUUAUAGAACACCCGGGCAUAAUUUUUUCGUUACCCUGCCUCUUUAGAGGGGAUGGUGUCCACCUUUCGCCUAGCGGGACCCGUUUGUUUUUGAAGGAUUUGGAGCAGGGAUUGGCUGCGUGGCUACGCACUCAGUGGGGUUGGCAUGGUGUUAAGCUAGGCUAACCCAUGCUUUGGCAGGUGCAGUGCGGUUGGAAAUGAUGUUAUUAGGCUGGUGAGCACCUUCGGGUAAGUGUUUGGCUAUGGGUCAUAAAGGGGCAACUCCCUAGAGACUGCAUGGCUCAGGGAUGUCUGCCCUUGGUUGACCUACCCUGACUGGUUAAGCCCCAUGGAAUGGCUGAACGGCUACCUGGGGGCGAUGCUAGUUCAGGGACCUGGCACUAGGCUGGCUAGGAUAGGCAGCCCCAGUUUCAGAGCUUUCGGGUUGCCUGGAGCCAAGGUGCAUCGCCCUAUGCCAUAGGUUAUGCAUGCCAUGGUUGUGCAUGCCUGUAGUACCGCACUGUAAGAAGGGAUCAGCCAUCCCUGCUCUUUCAUUGUUGUUAAAGUUAAAUAAA